CAAUCUCAUUUCGAACCUACACACGAGCCAGCAUCCUACGUCCUCCAUAUAGCAGUGCACGGGAUCGUCGUAGUCGUAGCUCUUAGUUCAAGAUUUUGUGUUAUAUAUAAAGGGGAAGCCAUGGAUACCUCGUUGCUUCCCUCAUCCCGCGACGGUCUCGUCAUCUCUUUACUAGUUGUUCCUAUUUUUUCUCUUGCUUUGUAUCUUGCUCCUCAGGACCACAACAAAACUUCAACAUCAAAGUGGAAAUCUAAAUCCAAGAAGAACAAGAUGGCUAGUUCUCCGAAGUACUGUCCUCCUCCGGGCUACUCAUUACCUCUGCCUACAGUUGCAAAUGUUUCACCCCUCCCCACUUUCAUCUCAGAUGAUUUGGUUAAAUCGUUUCCGUGGUUCAACACUACUACAUUCGCUGUCAAAGCAAGCAUUGGCGAUACCCCAGUGGCUGAGUACUCAUCAAGACCGCCUACCAACACUUCUGCAUCACUGCCUAGCUUGUUCAACACCAAAUUUCGCAUCGCCAGUGUCAGCAAACUUUUUACUGUCCUAGCAGUACUUCUUAGUAAAGACAAGAUCGGCUGGGACGACAGCAUAACAACAUAUGUCCCAGGUCUCGACGCAACAGCAUACAAAGACGUGACUAUCUCGGGCUUAGCCGGGCAAACAAGUGGUCUAGGACGACAGGGCUACGUCGGCGACCUCUCUUUCAUAGGCGUCUCCCCCUCCCUUCUCGGCAUUCCUCCCACAAACGCCUCUCUCCCGGGCUGCGACCCCUUCCCGGGCGGCACAGUCUGCAAUCCCAGCGAAGUCCUAGACAUGUUCAACAACCCCCUCUACCAACCCCAGUCCCCAGAAUCCAUCCCUUCCUACUCAAACAUCGCCUACAACCUCCUUGGGAUGGCCCUAGAAUCCGUCCACCCAAACCAAACCUUUGCGCAAAUCAUGAAAAAAUUGGUCUUUGAUCCCGCGGAUAUGCCGUCAGCGGGGUAUGAUACACCUACGGAUCCUACCCAAGCUAUCCUACCAGGACCAGGCGAUCGCUGGGAUUACCAGCCUUUUGCGAAUCACGACCCCACAGGCGGGAUCUGGACCACGCCCACCGAACUCCACCGUUUCGCGCAAACGCUCCGCAAGCACAAGUUUCUGUCGCCGGCUGAGACGAAGCGCUGGCUGCAACCGCGCUCCUUCACGUCCUCGAUGCUACAAUUCGUCGGCGCGCCCUGGGAAACUAUCCGUCCUACCGAUCUCGGCGUCACACCCUGCCGUCCCAUCGAGGUAUAUACGAAACUAGGCGGUGUGGGUGGGUACACUGCGUAUCUCGUACUGAUUCCGGAGUUCGAUAUCACGAUUACUAUCAACGUCUCCGGCAACGACGCAAACCGCGCUAUCACGGACCUAUUCCCGCUGCUCGUCAAGGGCCUUACCAAAUACGCCGACGAGGUGGCGAGGAAGCAAGCGCUCGAGAAAUACGCAGGGACCUACAAAAGUUCCGAAGGAGGAAACAGCUCGCUAACGCUGUCUCUCGAUAAUGGACCUGGACUUAAGAUUGGAGAGUUUAUGAUGAACGGUGUUCCCGUUGUCACAGCGCUUGCUACACUGCAGAAGAUCCCCCCACAGGUUGCGAACGCUAAUGCUCGGUUGUAUCCUACCAGCAAGGACGAUGGAGAUGAAAGCACGGAGACGUGGAGGAUGCAUGUCCCCAGGCCGUUGGAUGCGAUGGAUGGGUUUGCGGAGCUGAAUUGCGCGACGUGGACGACGCUCGAUCCGGCUAGGUUUGUCGGGACGCCAUUGGAGAUGAUGAAACUUAAGGUCGGUGGGGAGAAGGGGGUGGAGAUUGAGUUGCCUGCAUGGAGGAGUACCUUGGUGAAGAGUGGAUGA